GCUCAUUUCGCAGUUGUUUACAGUUUUCCUAAACGGAACUCUACCAUCUCUUUUUUCCGGUUACCGUUUAGGUUUCCGACCAAUUUUCUUCUUCUCCGGUGAACUAUUCCGGUUAAAAGUUGUAUGGUGGGGUGUUUGUUUGAAUCUUAGGUUUGUGUUUCUGUUGGUUUUGAGUUUUAAUUCUUUGUUUUGAUUUAGAAAAUUUUGCUUCUUCUGAAGUCGUUGUGGGGAUAUUCGGGUCGUGUAAGAGUGUGUUAGAAGGUGAUUAUCUUUUGAUUAAGUUCUUUUUUUGCUUCUUUUGAGGGGGUAGCCGGGGCUCUGGCCUCGGCGGGUUCUAAAGCCCCCAGCUAUUACAACAUUGGUCAACAAAUCAUUUCUGUAUAAUUAGUUUUACACAUUCUUUGAUUCUUUUUUUUUUGUGAAGAUUUUACGAGAUGCCUGCUUUAGGUUGUUGUGUAGAAUCUGCUGUUUCCCCUCCUCUUGGCUAUUCCUUCCUUUCCACGCCGGAGAUUUUUUCCUCCGGCGUACCUCCGUCGACAAACGCUGUCCCUCUUACCACCCAUUGGUCACCGGAGCUGUCAUCUGAUCUGUAUCGUAUUGAUGGUUGGGGUGCUCCGUAUUUCACCGUUAAUUCUUCCGGUGAUAUAUCUGUCAGGCCCCAUGGUACAGAUACCCUUCCUCACCAAGAAAUUGAUCUCCUGAAGGUCGUGAAAAAGGCUUCCGACCCGAUUAAUUCUGGUGGGCUCGGGUUACAGCUUCCACUCGUUGUUCGGUUUCCUGAUGUUUUGAAGAACCGAUUGGAGUCUCUUCAAUCGGCUUUUGAUUAUGCUGUUCAAUCUGAAGGAUAUGAGGCUCAUUACCAAGGUGUUUAUCCUGUAAAAUGCAAUCAGGACAGGUUCGUUGUUGAAGAUAUUGUCAAAUUCGGGACGGGUUUCCGGUUUGGUCUUGAAGCUGGGUCAAAACCUGAGCUCCUCCUGGCCAUGAGCUCUCUAUGCAAGGGCAGCUCGGAGGGUCUUCUUGUAUGCAACGGAUUCAAGGAUGCAGAAUACAUUUCACUUGCUUUGGUUGCAAGAAAGCUCCAAUUGAACACGGUGAUUGUGCUCGAACAAGAGGAGGAGCUUGAUUUGGUGAUUGACAUCAGCCGUAAAAUGGCGGUCCAGCCUGUAAUUGGGCUCCGGGCUAAGCUUAGGACCAAACAUUCCGGUCAUUUUGGAUCCACUUCUGGAGAGAAAGGCAAGUUUGGGCUUACAACAACUCAGAUCCUUCGUGUGGUGAGGAAACUGAAAGAAUCCGGAAUGUUAGAUUGUCUUCAGCUGCUGCAUUUCCACAUUGGAUCUCAGAUCCCUUCAACGGAGUUGCUUGCUGAUGGUGUUGGUGAGGCUGCUCAGGUUUAUUCUGAGUUAGUCCGCCUUGGUGCUGGCAUGAAAUUCAUUGAUAUUGGUGGUGGGCUUGGAAUUGAUUAUGAUGGUACCAAAUCUUCCGAUUCUGAUGUUUCCGUCGGAUAUGGCCUUCAGGAUUACGCCUCUACAGUGGUUCAAGCUGUCCGGUUUGUUUGUGACCGGAAGAACGUGAAGCAUCCGGUGAUCUGUAGCGAAAGUGGCAGAGCAAUUGUAUCUCAUCACUCUGUUCUGAUAUUUGAAGCUGUGUCUUCAACUACCACGCGUUCUCAAGAGCUGUCCUCUAUGAGUCUCCACUCCUUCGUGGAGAAACUCAAUGAUGACGCUCGUGGCGAUUACCGGAAUCUAUCUGCUGCUGCUAUUCGCGGAGAGUACGAUACCUGUAUGCUUUAUGCCGAUCAGUUGAAACAGAGGUGUGUGGAUCAGUUCAAAGAUGGUAAUCUGGACAUUGAACAGCUUGCUGCCGUAGAUGCCGUCUGUGACUUUGUGUCAAAAGCUAUUGGUGCUUCUGACCCUGUUCGCACCUAUCAUGUGAAUCUGUCCGUUUUCACUUCAAUUCCUGAUUUCUGGGCAAUCGACCAACUAUUCCCGAUUGUUCCCAUCCACAAGCUAGACGAACAUCCUUCAGCUCGGGGAAUUCUAUCCGACUUGACAUGUGGUGAUGGGAUCGAUUUCAUCGGAGGCGAGUCAAGCUUGGCUCUCCCUUAUAGGGGAAGUGGAAACAGCGCACCUUAUUAUCUGGGAAUUUUUUGAGGCGGGGCAUAUGAGGAAGCCCUCGGCGGACUCCAUAACCUAUUUGGCGGACCAAGCGUCCUGCGUGUGUCACAGAGCGACAGCCCUCACAGCUUCGCUGUAACCUAUGCAGUCCCUGGGCCUUCCUGUGCUGACGUCCUCCGAGCAAUGCAACACGAGCCUGAACUCAUGUUCGAGACCCUCAAGCACCGUGCAGAGGAAUUCGUGCACAAGGAAGAAGAAGUAGAAGUCUCAUUGGCCAAUAGCCUAAAUCAGUCGUUCCACAACAUGCCAUAUCUUGCACCACAUUCAUCCUGCUGUUUUUCUGGGUAUUACUAUUGCAAUGAUGAGAAUAUUGUUGGUGUUGGCGCAGAAUGUGCAAUAGGGGAGGAAGAGUUUUGGCCAUACUGCGUUGCUUGAAGACUUUUUGUCUUUUCAGUUUGUUGUUUUAGUAAUAAAGUUUGUCGGAUGGUAUGUUAAAUUAAUGUAAAUUUUUGGUGUAAUUUACUAGUUGUGGAGAAAGUUAUGGUUCAAUCUUUGUGUAAUUUUCUCCUUAUCCUAUGUAAACUUUUUCCUUAUUAAAUGAAUUUACUUUAGAAA